ACCUGAUAAACCAUGAUGUAUUAGCCACUUAAAAAUUAUUCCAGCCCUAACCCCAUUCAUCAAGAACGCUUCACUCACGUAUUGUUUCAUCUUCCUCUUCUUCCUCCCUUCACCUUCCUCUUCUUCCUCUGCCAGCUUUGUCCCCUUCAUCUCUUCUUCUUUCACGUUCUUGUUCUUCCUCUUCUCUGCCAAGUGAAAUGGAUCCAAAUAAAGGUUCUGAUCCAAAUCAAUGGUUAAAUGACCCUAAUGAGUGGCUUAAUAUUUUAUCAUACCUACAAUUGUGUCAAGUGGGUAAAAGGCAAUAUGAAAGGCUCCAAGAGAGACAUGUAAUACCAAGAGUAAGAGAAGAAUCAAGGGUGUCAUUCAUGAGGAGGUUAAUAAAUGAUGAUGUUACAUGUGUGGAACAGCUGCGGAUGGAUACUAAUACGUUUCGCGUGUUGUGUUCUCUUCUACGUUUUGAGGGUGGGCUAAAGGAAGAUGGGCUAGUGCCUAUAGAAGAACAAGCUGCUAUAUUUUUACACAUUUUGGCUCACCAUGCUAAAAACCGUGUCAUAAAAUUUAAAUUUCAAAGGUCUGGGGAAACUGUUAGUAGAUACUUCAAUUUAGUGUUAAAUUCUGUUGUAAGGUUGCAUAAGAACUUACUUAGAGCACCAGAUCCAGUUCCUGAGGAUUGCAUUGACAAUAGGUGGAAAUGGUUUAAUGGCUGUCUUGGAGCACUAGAUGGGACCUAUAUUCCUAUUAAUGUCCCGGAGAUUGAUAAACCAAGAUAUAGAAGUCGGAAAGGUGAAAUUGCAACAAAUGUCUUAGGAGUAUGCUCUCGGGAUAUGCAAUUUAUAUAUGUGUUACCGGGUUGGGAGGGUUCAGCUUCAGAUUCUAGGGUGUUGCGUGAUGCAAUUAAUAGGAGAAAUGGUCUUAAGGUUCCCACAGGAAACUACUACUUGGUAGAUGCUGGGUAUACAAAUGGAGAAGGGUUUCUUGCCCCUUAUAGAGGAAGCCGAUACCAUCUUAGUGAGUGGAGACAUAGACGUGCUCCAACGACUCCCAAAGAACUAUUCAACAAGCGACAUGCUCAAGCUAGAAAUGUGAUAGAAAGAACAUUUGGAUUACUUAAGAUGCGCUGGGCAAUUUUAAGAAGUCCGAGUUAUUAUCCCGUUAAAACUCAUAACCGAAUAAUUAUAGCUUGCUGCUUAUUGCACAAUUUGAUUAGAAGAGAAAUGUCCAUUGAUCCAUUAGAAUCAGAGUUGGAAAACAUGCCUAUCAAUGAAGAGGUAGAUGAACAACCACAUGAUAACAUUGAAACUAUUGAAGCAAGUGCAGCUUGGACUGCAUGGAGAGACGCUUUGGCAAAUGAAAUGUAUAAUGAUUGGAUUAGCCAAUGAAGUUAACUGUAGAGAUUUUGUGUCUAUUGAUUCUGUUUGUUAGACCUUCAAGUUAUGAAAAAUAUUUGUGUUUUGAUGGUUUCUUAUUGUGAAUUUGGAAUGGAUUAUUCAAAAGAUUUCCUACAUUUUCAUUGAAAUGUAUGUACCUUUUAUAUUAA